GCCGGCCCUGCUACAAACUAACUGCUAAGAAUGAAGCUAUUGAAACUCAACAGAGUCAAGUACAUCCUCAGAUCUAAGUCUUCAGCUGCUUUUAAAGAAAAUUUUGACAGCUACCAAAAAUAAAAUGUACAAGAGGGAACUACAAAAAACACACAACUCUCCCCAGUGUGGUGGGUUUUAUCCCAGACUGCAUGCAAAGGGAAUUGGCCGGGUCUGUGUGUAAUCUUGGGGCCCACCCGAGUAUGCCAUCAGUUUGGUGCGAGUGGCUGCUGAGAUAGAGGAACAUAUGACGCUGUGGUUCUCUUCACUUCCUGUAAAAUUAUGCUCAACAGAAGCAGCUACAUGUGAAAAAGACAAAACGCCUGCACACUGUUUCAGAGGAGUGUGAAAAUGGAUAACUUCUUAGAUAACUUAUGAAGACUUUGAGCUAUUGAAUGGGAAGGCGUUGUAGGGUAUAUAACAGCACAUUUCCAGUCCAUCCCUGCAAUAUUCUGGUAAUGUCUUAGCUUUCUGCUCCUGGGUCAAGCUUGCUGAGCCCUCAUACCGCCAUGGAUGCCCUGGCUGUAAGUGGAAUAGAGCUCUCCCCUAUGAAAGAUUUUGACCAAAUAGUGGAUUACAGAGCAGAGAAACGUGAACACCUGCGAGGACGUAACAAUGUAACAUCAUGUCGAAGCCCUACGAGGGAGCUUGACACACUACGCAUAAAGACUGAACUGAAAAACAAGAGACAUCUGGAAUUUCUAAGGAGGAGAUCAGUGAGCCCGGAGCCAUCAACAAACUGGUCUUCACAGAGAAAACCUACCAAAAAGACACUUUCAAUGAAACAUUAUAGUCAAACCAGCAAGUCAGAGACAUUGCAUACAAAUGUGCAAAACAUUCCCACCUCUAAUGGCCGUCCACUGAUGAUUUUAACAUCAAACAGCAGCGUAACUGAUGGCCCAAGCACCAGCAAAUGGGCAUCUUUGUGGUCAGAAGAGGUUACACUGUCGAAACAAGAGACAGACCAUGCAAAGAAGCAAACGUCUACCUCCAAACCAACAGCCAAAGAAUUGAACCUGCAAAGGACAAAAAGCAGGGAUAACAAAAUGAAUAUUGCUUAUGCUCAAAAGACAAGCAUCAAAACAUUAACCCAAACAGAAAAGAGUCACCAAAAACUCUCAGCCCUGAAUUAUCAAGAGAACAGUGUGCAGACAGAGUCUGGUCUUGUUACUAUCAGAGAAUCUGAUAUCCAGCUGCUUUCUGACCUUUUGCAGGAGGCCCUGUGGAGAGAGGAGGUCAUGAGGAAGAAGUUGGCAACCCUACAGGAGAGCACGACCAACCUCAUGAAUUCCUCCAACAAAACAUGGACGGCUCGCUGCAAUGAAGAUCUGCUGAGAAAUAAGAUCAAGGCUCUGGAGGCACAGCUGCAAGUCUGCCUGCAGAAGUUUCCAAAGGAUGGAGUGAAGAAAGUGGUGAUACAAAUGGAGAAGCAGAAAUGGGUGUAUGAAGAGAAAGCACUGGAGGCCCUGCAGAGAGCUACAGAGGAAAAAACAGAGGCCCUUAGCAUGGCUGAGACACUGCAGGAAUCACUGAGUACAGCAAAAACAGAGUCCAUGAGAUGGCAGAGUCUGUAUGAGGAGCAAAAACUGAGCUUUGAUCAACUCAGGGAGAACCAGCAUCUCAGCAAUGGACAGCUGCAACAGCUGCACGGCCAACUGGAGCUGUCCAGAGCCAGAGAGGCCGAGCUGAGGGACGUGGUGGUGUCAUUUCAACAAGAGAAGAAGGAGCUGCAGUACAACAUCUCUCUGCUGGAAGAGGACAACCAGAUGUUUAGAGAGGAAGUACAGCAACUCACAGAUGGGAGUGAUGAGAUUCAGGACUUCCUGAUGCAAGGGCGACUAACGUCAGAGGAAGCAGAGCCUCAGAUGACAGAGAGGAGAGAUUCCCAGGUGGAGGAGCAGCUCCGCCACACUCAGGAGAAACUACGCCUCAAAGAAAAAGAGUGUGAGGAGCUGCAGAUUGAGCUGUGUGCCAUGGAGCAGGAGUGUCAGUCCAGCCAGGCCCGGCUGUCGCAGUGCAGAGAUGAGCUUCGACAAAUCAGCCACCGCAGGAGACCGACCUCAUGUGGCUCCUGGUGGAAGGUGUGGGUUUUCUUCCUUCUAUUCCUUGCUGUGGCUCAGGUUGCCAUGUUGUGGCUGUGGUAUCCUCCUUUCAGGGAGCAAGUUGAAGACCUUUACUCUGACAUGGAGACACGUAUUGAAGACUAUCUUCUGGAAAUGGCCACACCUCCACACUCGGGCUGUUUUAGACCAAUAUGACAGUCAGAAUAGUUUUCUGUUGUUUUAAAGUGAAACUUCUGUAGGAUGUAGUUUGUGGAUGGUUUUUAAUUUCAUGCAAUGAAAGACUUGAAACUCAAAGUGAGUGUGAUAUUGAUGUGUAUGAUGUUUGCACACAGUUUAAAAACAUGCAAAAUAAAAAAUGAAACAUUUUUUUGUCAGGACGUACUCUUUAUACUGUUUACACUUAGACUUUUGACUUACCUUGAUUGAUUAAAAACAAGGUAUGAGAGGAAAACCAAAAAAAGUAAUGUCAUAAAGUCACGGUAAUAAUCGCAGAGCUGUUGUGCUGAUGGAACUGGCCUCAGAGAGUUGAAGCACUCAAAUAAAAGAGCCUUUGGUGUGUCGUAUUGUAAGAAAUAAAGAAAUAUUUUUACUAAUUCAAA